ACUCAAUUAUCUCCAUGAAAUAAUAAAUUAGCUGACGUAAUGCUUCGAACCUAGUUCACCGGCACCACUGUCGUAUUCGUAUUCCCGUAGAUUCAGCGUUACGGUAGACAGCAUCAGACUUGCUCACAGCGAAUUAAGUAUUCGACAAUUAUUACACGGAAAUGGCUUUAAGGUGGGGUAUAGUAAGCGCCGGAAGAAUCUCUAACGAUUUUACGUGCGCUCUACAAACUCAUCCCGAGGCACAUCACAAGGUUGUGGCAGUGGCGGCGCGAAAGUUAGGUGAUGCCCAAGAAUUCGCUACACGUCAUAACAUACCAAAGGCGUACGGCAGUUAUGAAGACCUCGCAAAGGAUAAGGACGUAGAUGUAGUCUACAUUGGUUCAAUAAAUCCGUCACAUUUAACUUUAUCGAAACUGAUGUUGGAUCAUGGAAAACACGUACUGUGCGAAAAACCCUUGACAAUGAACAAGAAGGAAACUGAAGAAUUAAUCGGUCAUGCCAAAGCCAAGGGCCUAUUUUUGAUGGAGGCGAUUUGGUCGCGCACAUUUCCAAUUUAUGAUGUUCUCACGGAACAGAUUGCAAAUGGUGCCAUUGGAGAUGUUCUACAGGUGAACGUGGAGUUUGGGUUUCCUUUGACGUCAGUCGAUCGUGUGAACGUAAAGGAGCUUGGAGGAAGUGCGACUUUGGACAUUGGGGUUUACGCCUUGCAGUUUUCACAGUAUGUUUAUAGAGGAUUAAAGCCUGUAAGUGUUACAGCUUCAGGCAAUUUGAAUAAACAUGGUGUGGACGAUACAGCCAGUAUUAUUCUUAUGUACCCAAAUGGACGUACUAGUGUACUAACACUCAAUACACGUGUGCAACUAGCGAACUGUGCAACUGUAUACGGAACAAAAGGGAUGCUCAAGAUUCCGUUAUUUUGGUCUCCAUCCACUAUGGUCACACCAUCGGGAACUGUGCAACGUGAAUUACCGGUUUCUACAGCUAAAUAUAAUUUUCUAAAUAGCAAUGGAUUAGCUUACGAAGCGGAGGAAGUUCGACACUGUCUUGCGCAAGGUCUUACUGAAAGCCCCAAAGUGACACAUGCCGAAUCACUUGAAUUGGCGGAGCUAAUGGAUACAGUGAGAAAAGCUAUAGGAGUAUAUUUUCCACAAGAUGGUUAACGUUUGUGUCCCAGCUUUUAUUUCUAAUGGCUUUUAUAUACCGAAAUUACAACAAAUGUAGUGGAGAAUAAAAAUAAAUAAUGACGAAACCAA